AUGGUCUCUUUGAAAAUGAGUUCGGCCUCUAGGUCUAUUGGCGCUUUGCCCGCAGCUUGUGCUAGUUCUGUGGACCGCAAAAAGCUUCAGGACGCGGUGGCAGCUCUGAAGAAGAAAGGCACUGUCCAGGUACCUCUGGUUGUUGCUGGAGAACAUCACAACCCCUCUUCGCACGCCGAUGUGGUUGCUAAGUACUCCAACGCCAGCCCCGCGGACGUCAAGAAGGCGAUUGAUUCGGCACUCGAGGCAAAGCCAGCAUGGGAGUCUCUACCUUUUGCGGAACGUGCCGCAGUCUUCUUGAAAGCAGCAGACUUGAUUUCGACCAAGUACCGCUACGACAUCAUGGCAGCGACCAUGGUCGGCCAGGGCAAGAAUGCAUGGCAAGCAGAGAUCGACUCUGCAGCUGAGCUGUGUGACUUCCUAAGAUUCAACGUCAAGUACGCACAAGAAACAUAUGGAGUCCAGCCAACACACAACUCUCCAGGAGUGUGGAAGUACGUGUGCUUUUGCUCGAAUUGAAGCAUAACAAGCUAACAGAAUUAGCCGUGUGGAAUACCGACCGCUUGAGGGCUUCGUGUACGCUGUAUCGCCCUUCAACUUCACAGCCAUUGGCGGCAACCUGCCCGCAGCACCAGCCCUUCUGGGCAAUGUCGUAGUCUGGAAGCCUUCCCCCGCAGCCAUUGCGUCAAACUGGCUACUGUACCAGAUCCUCAUCGAGGCCGGCUUACCACCGAACGUAAUCCAGUGGGUCCCAGGUGAUGCAGAGGAAGUUACCAAGUCCGUUCUAGCACACCGACAAUUCGCCGCCCUGCAUUACACCGGCAGCACCGCAGUAUUCCGGUCACUGUAUGGAAAGAUUGCAGGCGGAGUCGC